GGAGGGAGAGGGUCCAUCCUGCGGCCUGGCCCAAAGGGAGGCUUCACACGUUAGGGGGAAAAGGAAAGAGAAAGACCCGUGUCUGCGCGGGUGGAACACCACCCCCAUGCCGGCUCCCUGCUAUUUUUCACUUCUGAGCACUUCGUUGGGACAUUGGUGCAUGAAUGGCAACUGUGGAUGACCUAAAGUUUCAUGAAUUUGAUGAUGCAGCCAAUUUGUUGGCAGCAAAUCCGGAUGCUGUCACAAUAAGCAUUGAUGAACCAGCUGAGAAACCGAAAACAAAGCACGGACAUCUCCAAGAUUCUGGGAGAGAGGAGGAUGAUGAGCUAUUGGGGACAGAUGAUUCUGAUAAGACUGAGUUGCUUGCCGGACAGAAGAAAAGCGCCCCAUUCUGGACAUUUGAGUAUUACCAAACAUUUUUUGAUGUCGAUACAUACCAGGUCCUCGACAGAAUCAAAGGUUCUGUUUUUCCAGUACCAGGGAAAAACUUUGUAAGACUGUAUAUUCGAAGUAAUCCAGAUCUUUAUGGUCCCUUUUGGAUAUGUGCCACGUUAGUCUUUGCCAUUGCUAUCAGUGGCAACCUUUCAAAGUUUUUCAUCCAUCUGGGCAAACCUGAUUUCCAUUAUGUGCCUGAAUUCCGAAAAGUGUCCAUAGCUGCUACAGCCAUCUAUGCAUAUGCUUGGCUAGUUCCUCUAGCUCUCUGGGGAUUUCUUAUGUGGAGAAACAGUAAAGUUGUGAACAUUGUAUCCUACUCAUUUCUUGAGAUUGUCUGUGUUUAUGGCUAUUCACUUUUCAUUUAUAUUCCAACAGCGAUAUUGUGGAUUAUUCCGCAGAAAGCUCUCAGAUGGGUUUUGGUGGUAUUUGCUUUGUGCCUUUCAGGAUCUGUCUUAGUGAUGACAUUUUGGCCUGCUGUUAGAGAUGACAACCGAAGGAUUGCAGUGGCUACAAUUGUGACGGUGGUACUUCUCAAUGCCUUGCUUGCUGUUGGUUGCUUGGCAUACUUUUUUGAUGCCCCUGAACUGGAUCUUGUUAUGCCAACUACUACGCUUCCACAAAAUGUAACAAUAAGAGCAAUAAAGGAACAGUAACAAAGAUAUAUAUUUCUUCAUCUGUGGGAUAUUGCUUUAUUGGGGCUUUCCCAUAUUGAAAAAAAGAAAACCCAAAAGAUCUGAAAAGAUGCAUCAGCGAAAGCCAAAAGUUCUUAAUGACACAUCAGCAAAACCAUCUAAAUUCAUAGUACCUGACACUUGAAUGAUCAACUAGUAACGGACUUAGAUGAAAUUCUGCUCUGUUGAAGCAAAAGAUAAAAAAGGGUUCAGUUCAGUGGAAUCAAUUUCACCUGGAGAUUUGAAUCCUAAAAAUUUCAGCUGUAGAUUUAAACCCUAAUAAUUUAUUAUUUUUUAUCUUCUGCAUAAUUCUUGUUUUGUCAUCAAAUAAAAAUGACUCAAAAUGCCA